UCUCUCUCGCGCGCUUCGAAAUAGGCCGGGGCUUUUCGGUGGCGCGACUGCGCUCUUCCCCGAGACACACUCUGCAGCGCCGCGGAGCUUCUUCGCCGGGCUUUAUUGUGACGUUUCGCGGCGCGUCGACGACGCAAGCUCGCGCGAUCUCUGUUCGCGUCUGAUAGUAUCUCCCGCGCGUUUUUCUCUCCGUCCUCAUCUUCUUUUUUCUUCCUUCAUACGCUCGACCGGUCGAACGACGCGAAGUAAAUUAAAAAAGCUCGCUCGAUGUGUGUAGACUAUAGUAAUGUAGACUCGCGGUUCUGUGUAGUCUCGAUGGAUGUACGGGCUAACACAGUUGUUAGGAAAAUUAGGUCGUCGUGCGUGUGCGGCUAAAAAAAGAAGGAAGACACGUUGUUGGUGAAAAUGUAUAUUUAUACGCUGCGUGAACCAGCAAUUUUUUCGAGUAUUAAAUGGAAGUGAGGUGCCGAGUGUGAUGGUGUGAGAGAGAAGCUUUUGUUGUAUAUACGUGUUUGUGGACGGUUGAAGAAGAGGAGCGGGAGAAAUCGAUGGAUCAUGAGGAUCGUGUGAUCAUCGGGAUAUCAUCGAGGACGAGUCAUGGGAAGUCAAUGCUGCAAAUGCGACAAAGAGAAGAAGUACUAUAUUUGGGGAUCGACUCGACGCUCCAGUUAUCGGCAUCGAGGGGAGCCGCCGAUGCCGAGCGACCGUUUCCGCGUGGAGGCGCGCGGGAACCGAGUACAGCUGACGCUGCAGCACGCGAGCAGAGAUGACGCGGGCCACUACGCCCUCAUAGCCAAGAAGUUGCCUCACGACAACGAAUCCGAGCGACUCUUCUCCAGGAGAAUACAUAUGAGUGUGGACGAGCCCUCGUUUACGGAGGAGGGCGAUCCGCCCCUCUUCCUACGCCGACUCACCGAUCUCACGGUCAAAGUCGGCACGAGGACGCGAUUCCUCGUCGAAAUACGAAGCACCACCGAUCCGAAGGUGUCUUGGCACAGAAACGACGAGCCGAUCCAGGCGGGACCGAGGUUUUCCUUCGUGCACGAGGGAAACUUUUAUUGCGUGGACGUCGCGCCGGUGACCGUCGAGGAUCAAGGCCAUUGGACCUGCAUGGCCGAGAACCUAUCUGGCAGAUCGUCCUGCACUUCGCACCUUAAUGUCCUAGUCCCGAAAGCUUAUAAGAGGCCAGAAUUCGUUAGCGAACUCCGUGCACUGCUGACGGAGACAGGCACUGUAUCGUUAGAAUGCAAAGUUGUCGGAGUACCUACGCCAGUCUUAAAAUGGUUCAAAGACGACAAAGAAAUCAAAGCCGGCGACGUUUUCGCGUUGACGGCCAACCCCGACGAUCCCACAUCCCUGGGAACAUACACAUGCGAAGCAGUGAACUGCAUGGGCACAGCCUAUUCAUCCUCUAGAGUUCACGUUGUUGGUAAAGGAAGCAGAGAAGGUUCGUUGAAGCCAGCCGAUACAUUUAUAGUAACCGGAGAUCCGCCGAUUUUUAAAUCGAUUUUGAGAGACGAAUCUUGUAAAAUUGGAGAAAGCUUGUCUCUGUCUUGCAAAGUUCAAGUACCACCAUGGCCGAAAGAAAUCAUAUGGUACAAUAAAGAAGGCCGAGUAGAGGCAGACGAUCGAUACAAAAUUAUGGAAGAUGGGUUAGGAGGCUAUUCGAUCCAAGUGAAUCCUGUAGAAGCUGUUGACGAAGGCGAGUGGAAGUGCGUUGCCACCAGUGCCGAAAACGUCAAACAAUUCACUACAUGCUAUGUCGCAAUGUCCAUUCCAAAAAACUACAGAAAGCCUCGAUUUAUGGAGAGCUUGAAAGCAGUAUUGACAGAAGAAGGUCUCGUAUCAUUCGAAUGCAAAGUAGUCGGUUUUCCCACGCCCUUGUUGAGGUGGUUCAAAGACAGCCAGGAACUUAAACCCGGUGAUGUAUAUCAACUAACUGGAACAAACUCAUUAGGCUCUUAUUGCUGCAUUGCAAAGAACUGCAUGGGCGAAGCUAAAAGCACAGCAGAGUUAACAGUCGAAGACAUUCAAAACCAACUUAACGAAGAAGAGCGACUUCAGUUACUCACUACCAAUCAACCGCCAAAGUUCAUCAAAGGUUUACGGAGCAGUGAAGCAAAAAUUAGCGAAAGCUUUAAGUUUUCAGUGCAAGUCAGCGUUAUGCCAGAACCCAGCUUGGCUUGGUAUCGCGACGAUCACCCCAUAGAUAACGAAGAAAAGUACCGGAUAGAGCGAGAAACUCUUGGCAUUUGCCACUUAGAAAUCAAAAGGCUCGAUUUUUGUGACCAAGCCGAGUGGAAGUGUGUCGCCAGCAAUGAUUUCGGUCACAGUGUAACUUCGUGCUUUCUCAAACUUAUCAUUCCAAGGCAUUACAAAAAACCAAGAUUUUUGGAAAACCUACGUGCUAUUCUAUCUGAUGGUGGCGCAGUGAAUCUCGAAUGCAAAGUCAUUGGUGUACCGCAACCCGUAUUAAAAUGGUACAAAGAUGGCGAAGAACUCAAGCCUGGGGAUAUCCAUAGGAUAAUUUCUGGCCAAGACGGAACAUGCUGUUUGGGCACUUACACUUGCGAGGCAACCAACUGUAUGGGAUCUGUUAGUAGUUCUGCAUCUCUUCUUGGUUUUGAAGAUCGUGUUGCUUCAGCUCAAGCCCUUGAAGGUACUUCGGCCAUGUUAUCACAAAUCGAUCACGAACGUGAAUUAGCGCGAAAUCUCUCGCUCUCGACUAUACACGAAGAAAGGACCUCGCAGCUUUUAGACACGGCACAGACCGAUCAUUCCGUAACUCUUGAUGAUCGAGGUGAAGUUUCAUUUAGUUUCGAUGGAAAAGAAGUUUCAGUCAGUCUUUAUGAAACUCCUGAUCUUACGGAAGAAGAGGCAUUACAAAUAGUCGAGAUGUAUGCUGAUCAACUUUCAGAACACGUUACAGAGCAUAAUGUCGUAGAGUUACCGCCAAUGCGUUUUGUGAAAGAAACAUCUACAUCCGGUAAUUUGUUGAUGGAAGCGGUGGUUAUCGACGUGUCUCCAGAUUACUUUGUAAGUGUAGAGGAGGGUGAUGACUUACGUACUGAAGCAGACUUUGAAGAUAUGUCAAUUAUGGAUGGCGUAUCUCUAUUGUCUCCAUUAACCGAGUCAAUAGAUGAUGCCAGAGAACCAACACGACCACCGAGAAGAAAGUCAGCAGGAAGUGUUUCUUUAAAAGCUCAAGAACAACUGGAAUCUGAAAGUUUUCAUAGUGCAAAAGAUCCAUUGACGUCUAGUCAUAAGAAAGAAGAGGCGGAUGUUGAUAUGGAUGUCGACAGCGAAGCAUUUGCAGAUGCUCUAUCAUCAGCCCGUACAAGAACCGAAAGUAUCGCUGCAGAUACAAAAGAUCAGAAAGAACUUAGAAAAAGAAGUAUGAGUGGUACUUCUAGUCUCGAAGCUGGUGAUUCGUCAUUAGAUUCUGUUUCCGGAAUAAUGAAAAAGAAGAAAAAGGGAGAUAAGAAAGACAAGAAGAAAAGUCGACUAGGAGAGAAAGGCAGUUCGGAAGAAUCUUCGUUGGGUAUCGAAGAUGAAGAUCAUAAAAAAUUAUUAGAAACUAAAGUGUCAUUUGCAGAUGACGAGGAAGAAGACAAACCUGCUUCGAAGGCCAAUAAAGAAAGACUUGUAGAUUUGCUUCGACAAAUUUCCGAGCCAGUUUUGAUUAUUAGAGAAGCUUUAAUUGAUUCAGAUUUUCUUUACGAAGAUGACAAUUUAAUAAAUGCAUUUGUGACAGAUAAUAUUGUAAUUCCAAUUCAAAAUCUUUGUGAAAUGAUUGAUGAUAUCGAAACUAAAGCUUUAAAAGGUGCAGGUGAUAGGUCCUUACUUCAAAAUGUUAGGAUUUCAAUUUUAGAAACGAUCGGAGGCCCAACUGAAGAGUUGUUGAGAGGUUUAGAAUUGAUUAGACGAGAAGAAAGCGAUGGGAAUAUUCAUAUCAAUUUGUCAAUACUGGAGUCAUUAGUAGAUCCUGUGGAUGAAAUUCUGUUUGGACUAGCUAAAUUAGAAAAUGAAUUAUCUGGAAGAAAUAUAAGUGAGAGUCCAAUUGUUCUUGAACGGAUUAUACGCACUACUAAUAGACUUGGGACUACUCUCAAAGAAGCUGAUACAGAACUUAAAACAGCAAUGGGAACUGCUUUGCAAAAAAUUAAUCAUAUCUUAAAUGCAUACCUAAAUAGCAUAACCUUGAAUCAGUUUGGUGUUUGGACAGAAAAUAUUGAUGCUGUACUUGUAGAAUCCCUGGCGCGACCUCUGGAAGAUCUUGAACGUUCGUCAAAGUAUGUUAUGCAAGGAAACUAUACUGAAGACACUAGUGAAGUUAUUAGCAAAAUGUCAGAUGCAUUUAAUGAAAUAUUGUCUAGACUUGAUGCCCUUGUAGUUGCACUUGAAGGCUAUGAAAGUGAUUAUAGAAAAAAUUUCGUUGUGAAUUUGAAGACUUCUUUAGUCUCAGCAGCUGAGGAACUUUCAAAAGCAAAAGACAUAAAAUCCAAAAGUUUCGAAGAAUCGCAUGAUAAUUUGCCAGAAAUGAUUCUUGAUUCUUUGAUUGACGCUCAAACUGCUGUGAACGCAGUAUUACGUGAAGUUGAAAGCACAACUGAAGAAAAAGAAACAAAAGUUCCCAGAGUAUCAGAAUUGGCAUUAAGCUUAGCUGAGUUAAGAGACGCAGUAUCUUAUGCUGUCCACAAAACCACUACACUAAGAAAGGUCGAAACUAUAAACGCUCUUAUAAACUUAAAAGAACCUUUGAUUGAUUUACAGUUGUCGCUUUCAGUUGAUAGAGUAUCAGAUGAAAUACCAAUUAUAAAAAAUAUCGUAUCUCCACUCGAUUCAUUAAAAAAUGUUAUGCAAGUAGUUAUUCAACAUACCGAAAAAUCCGAACCUAACGUCGAAGUUUCAGUGGUUAUUAAACCUAUCUAUGCAAUUGUGGAAGAAUUACAGCAGCAAAUCCCCAUGAUUUUGGAUGAUCUUGAAGAAGACGUAUUUAAAGAUAAAGCUGAUUCGACGGAGGUCAUGGGGCUUGGUAAAAAAAGUGCAGUGCAACAAACUAUUGACAAUUUACAAAUGGCAUCAGAAUUGGGUACGGUUCACUUUGAUUUGGCUACUGUAUUAGAGAAAUGUCAAAAAGACAUUGGAAAUGUCGAAACAUCGCCUAUAUUUUCAAAAAUCAGUGAAUUAAGACAGAGUAUUGGAAAUACAGCGAUCGCAAUCGAUAAAAUUUCAACUAGUGCAGAGCCAAAUAUUGAAAAUUUAAUAGAGGAAUUACUUGAUCUUAAAAUACCAUUAUUAAGAUUACAAAAUGCUUUACUGACGGAAGAUAGUACUUCGCGAGAACAACAAGUUAUAGUUCAAAUACUUCAGCCAUUAAAAAGAUUAAAAGCUGUUACAAAAACGUUUGCAGAAGAGGUUGUUCAAACAGAACCUAUUAUGUCAAUCAUAAAUUUGAUUGAUGAUAUCAGAAAAGAUAUAACACUUCAUUCGAAAAUCGUCACGAAAAAAGCUAUUGAAGAAGAAUUCAACAUACAAUCUGAAAGUUAUUCUUCUAUAGAUUUCGGUCAUAAAGAUUUUCGUGAAAAGGCCGCAGUUGAAAGUAUACAGGAUCUGAGUGUUGGUGAACAAGCAUCAUUACGAACUCCGGAUUCAUUACUUGUUGAUAGUGAACAUGAUCAAUCAUCACAAAGAUCAGAUGCGAAUAAAUAUUCGCAAUCAACUGAUGAAGCUACUCAAAAUCUUGUACAAUCAGAUAUGUCUAUAGAAUCAUUAGUAGAUCGAGCUACUGAAGUAUCUAAUGAAUCCCCGGAUCAAGUGCAAAGAGCACGAUUAGAUAAAAUUACAGAAAAACGCGUAAUUUAUCCAAAAGAAGAAUUCGCUUUCGUGAUAUCUGAAUCUUUAGAAGAAAUUCAAAAAGACAUAUCCGAGAUUUUAGAAGAGUUUGAACAAGAAUCUGUCACAACACCACAUUCUGUAUCCAAAUUAGCAGAAGCACUCGAAAAUCUACGACGAACGAUUUUGAACGUUCGUUCUAAAGUUUCGAAAAUAGCUGUGGAAAUAUCUGAUGUUAAUUCUGAAUCUUCCCAUGCUGAAUCUUACGACAGUGCCGAACGGAUAUCAUUAUCUCUAAAAGAGUUGUUACAGCCAAUACUAGAAGUGCGUGAAGCUUUAGUGCAAACGCAAGAUCAUAGAGCACCCGAAUUGCUUUUGUUAAAUCGUCUUGAUCAACCAAUUCGAGCUAUUGAAUUUAACGUCUUACAAUUGGCUCUAGAAGCACAUUCACAUACAGCAGAGAGCGAUGAAACAUCAAGUCGUGCAAGUUUAGAUGCGAUGGCUCGUGCUCUUGAAGAUAUCGAAUCUCAAAUACCAGUUGCUCUUGAUGAAGUGAAUUAUCGACAAGAAAUUUUAAGCGUAUUACGAAAUGUUUCGAAACCUCUCGAAGAAAUCAGAGAAAGGAUGCACGAAAUAUCUUUGGACUCAACUAAUGAAGAUAACUUAGAACUCGACGUUGCUUCUAUACUUAAUGAACCAAUUGAUACAUUUAGAGAUGCAUUAAAUGAACUCUUUUAUCGUAUUGGAUCUACUGAUCACGAUGAAAAGAAUAAAGAUUCCACUUUGAUUUUAAGUUAUUUAAUAGAACCACUUGUAGAAUUACAAAACUCAUUAUCUGUUGUUCGAAGCAGCAGAAAAACUUCAGUUGCAGAAACGGGUUUAUUAGACGAAAGAAAAAACGUUAUUUUACGAGCUGUAGAAGAAGUCCGCUCUGGUAUCGAUGAAAUCCGUAAUGAAGCCAAUAAAACUGAAAAUAUUACUACAGUUGAAAAAUUAAUUUUUUCUUCGAUCGAUGGACUGGACGCAGCUUUAGUUUCUGUUCAAAAUCAAGUCAGCAAAGCCAAAUACAGUCGUAGAGGAAGCUGUAUAGGUACUUUACAGCAAAGAGCGAUAGAGCCAUUGCAGCAACUAGCUGAAAAAAUUGGAAUCGUUGAAGAGCAAAUGGAUGAAAAUACAUUAGAAUUUAUUGUGGAGCCUCUAGAAACUCUAUGGAAACAAAUUCAGUUAGCUCAGACUCAAUUUCUGCAAUCGUCGUUAGACGAAGAAGCUAUUAUCGAAGGAUUUUUAUAUCCGGCCAAGCGUUUACUCUCGUCAUUGGAAUCAAUAAAACGGGAAAGAUUUACAAUACAAGAUAAUGCUGUAAAUCUUUUGCAAGAAUUGUCAGAAGGUACUUCUAAUUUGGGAGCGACAUUCUUAAAUUUACAAAAUGAGUUAAUACAAGAAGGUGCUGAAGAGAAUGAUUCCAUUAUUGAAACAUUAACAGCUGUUUUAACGCCUCUGAAUAAUGUAAAGCCACUUAUAAAUGAGAUUUCCAGUAGUGAUAAAACCGCAAUGGAAGCUCCAAUAGCAAACGAUCAGCAGUCAAAGGUAAAUGACAAGAAAAAAGCUUUAUCUCUUAAUAUAAAAGGGGACGAAGGUGAAUUAAACGUAAAUGUGAUUGACCAUGAAGUAGACGUAAGGGUAAUGGACCGUCAAGUAGAAAAUAAAGUUCCAACAAUACUGACGACUGUCGAGACAAUUGUCGAUGAAUUUAUCGAAGUUUCGAAACGUGAGACGGAAAGUUUGACAACGUUGAAAUUAGCUUCGACGGAGUCAAUCACAGAAGAAGGUUCUUUACGAAAUAUCGACAGAAGAAUAGAACCAGUAGUUAUACAGACAGGUGAAAUUACAGAAAUAGAUACAACUUCUGAAAAUAAAGUUAACGAUGGACUUGAAAAUAAAACUGUUAAUUUAAUGGAAACAGCAUCAGACCUAAUUACCAGUAGGCGAGAUAGUGUAACUGCAUUAUGGUCAAUGAUCAAUGAACCACUGAAUAACUUACAGCAAUCAAUUACAUCAAUUAUUGAAACUCCAGCAGUUAUUGACGCAAUGAAUAAAGAAGACGUAAAUGCCAUGCAAAAUCAUAUUAUUAUGGAACGGUUGACAGAUUUACAAACAUCAAUUGCAGCUAUGCAGCAAAUAGCUAGUACAGAUUCUGAAGAGCUUACGCUAGCCUCAUGGCAAGAGAACAGCUUACCAGCCUUGCAAAAUUUAGCUAUAUCCAUAGAAGAAUUAGGGCAGCAUUUACCUAUGCUAGCGACACAAAAUGUUACAGCACAAGAUAAUACUACAGAUACAGAAGAGAUAUCUUAUAGUAGUAAUAUAACGUUUGCGUUGAAAACUUUAAUUACCCCAUUACAAGAGUUAAGAGAACGUUUAGGGUUGAUAGUAGAAGAACAAAUUCCUUAUGAGUCAAAACCUGACGAAAUUCAGAUAGGAACAGAAGGAUUUAAUAUGCCACAAUAUUUGUCUAAAGGUGAUUUCGAAGAUCAAAUUGAAAGUCAAAUCGAAAUUCUUGCUGAUUUAGAUCUGAAAACAAUGGAAACAAAAGUUGCAGUUCUUUCUCAGAAACUCGUAAACGAACACGUAAACGUCGAAAUAACAGUUGUCGGAGAAGGUUCUAAGGAAGUAAUGAACAUUGCGCCGAUCGAAAAUCAACAGGAAAUCAUAAGUAAUGUAGAUCAAACUCUUUUACAAAAUGCUGCUGCAGAACAAGUUAUAGCUGAAGAACAUUCUGAUAAAAUUCAAAAUAUGCACAUAAAAUUAGAAUCUGAAAAUGCUGAACUUAUAGUUUCUAAAGACCUACAAGAACUUGUUUCUUUUAAAGAUGCAAUAAUAGGACAAAUACAAUAUGAUGACGAAGUGGAAGACGAGGAGCAACAAGCCUUAAUAGACAUUGAAAAGGCUGGUGUCGUUGGUGUAGCUAAUAAAGAUUAUAUUGUGACGGAAGAAGUGAUAGCCACUGAAAAAGUACAAGAAAUGGAAAGCUCAAAGGUGGAUGAGGCGAAUGCAGCAAUAGCUCUCGAAGAAAAUAUAGAAAAAGUAAUUCUUGAAAACGUUGAAACAACUAAAAUAGAGACCUCAACUUUAUCAAAGGAAAAUAAGCAGUCCAAAGUUUCUGAAGAGGCAAGCAGUAAUAUUGCAAUUACAGAUGAAUAUAGCCAAGACUUUUGUGAAGAUAUACCACCUGUUGUAUUAGAUCGACCAUCAAUUAAUAUACAAGAAAUAGAAAUAAACAAAUGUAUAGCUGUUGAACAAUUUGAAAAAGAUGAAGUCAAUAAUCAGUUGAAAGAUUUAGCUUUUCAGGAAGAAUUGGAAAGUACAGCGGUUAUUACUCAACAGCCUGAACAUGAAUUAGUUUGUGAAAAUAUUAAAACUAGUCAGGUCAAAGCGAUAGCUUUUCCGGAAACAAGACAAGAAAUAUUGGAUAAUACGGCAGAAUUUGUUGACGAUCAGUUGAAAUCGAUGUCAGAAGAUAAAGCAGAUGUAAUGAUAAAAGAAGUUCCAUUAUCAGAACAUAUUUUAGCCCAAGAACAAGUUACAGUAAACAGUACUCAAGAAUUAAAUUCAUCAAACAUUACAGAGAUUCAAAAAGGUCUUGUCUCCAUAGAACCAGCUCGAGAUUUCAAUGGAAUAGACCACUUAAAUAAGCCUGAAAUACAAGUAGCUGAGUCAACAACAAGUAAACCAGACAAAGAUCUAAAAUUGACUACGGCUACAAUAGAAACUAUUGAUAAUGACGAAGAUAUUGCGAGCAUAGAUUCCUUAAAGAUGGAGUCGGACCACGUAAAAACUGUUUUAAUAGCACAUGAAGCACCUGUUUCGUCCGAAGUAGUUGGUGAAGACAGUGUAAAAGAAAUGGCAGAUCUUAAAGAUGUAAACCACACAGAAAACAACGUGACACUGUCCAUGCAAACAUCUGAGGAACUUACAUUUGGUGAAGUUACAACAAUAGAUGUUAAGCAAAAAAGCGGUGACCACGAAGUAGAUUUUAGUAAAACAGAAGAAAAUGCUGAAAUCAAAAAACAAGAGCAAUCUGAAAAAUUGGAAAUAGAGGAAGAAGAAGGUAAAUUGAUAGAAGAAGUUGAGGAAUCAAAGAAAAAUAAAAGAGAAAAAUCGAAAGAAGAGCGAGAAAGACGUGAAAAUAUAGCGGAAGCAGAAAAAUUAAAAAAAGAGAAGGGAGAACAUGAAACAAAAAAUGAGGCAGAAGAUCUAAACAGAAAGAAAGAUGAACCUGAAAAGAAACAGGAAGAACAUCGCAAACAACUUGAGGAGGCUGAGAAAUUAAAUACAGAGCAGACAGAGACAUUAGAGGAGGAAAAACGUACAAAGAAAGAGGAAGAUGAGAAAUUAAAUAAAGAAGAAGAAGAAUGUAAAAAGAAAAAAGUAGACGAUGGCCAGGAACAAGCUAAAGCUAAGAGAGAACAGAAAGAGGAAGAUGAACAUAGAAAAAAAGAGGAAGACGAUCGCAAAAUACAGGAGGAAGCCAAGAAAUUAAAAACAGAAAAAGAAGAACGUGAAAAUAAAGAAAGUGCUAAAAAAUUAAAACUAGAAGAAGAUCAGAAAAACAUAAAGAAAUCCGAGAAAGUAAAGAAAGAGGAAGUGGAACAUAAAGAGAAAGAAAAACGCAGAAAGCACGAAGAAGCUGAAAAAUUAAAAACAGAGGAGGCAGAGAAGUUAAAGGAAGAGGAGAAAGAUCAUAAAAAGAGAAAAGAAGCUGAAAAAUUAGAGAUAGAGAAAGAAGAACGAAGUAAGAAAGAGGAAGCCGAAUGCAAAAAACAGGAGAAAGCUGAAGAAGUGAAGGAAGAGGAAGAUGAACGUAAAAAGAAACAGGAAGCAGAAAAAUUGAAGGAGGAAGAAGAGCGUAAAAAGACAGAAGCAGCAGAAAAAUUGAAGCUAGAGGAGGAAGAGCGUGAAAAGAAAGUGGAAGCGGAAAAAUUAAAGAAAGACGAGGAAGAAUUUAAACAGAAAGCGGAAGCAGAAAAAUUAAGGCUAGAGGAAGAAGACCGUAAAAAGAAAAAAGAAGCAGAACAAUUAAAGAAGGAAGAAGUAGAACAUAAAAAGAAAGAGAAAGCAGAGAAAUUGAAAAAAGAGGAGGAAGAACUUAAAAAGAAAGAGGAAUCAGAGAAAUUGAAGAAAGAGGAAGAUGAACAUAAAAAGAAGGAGGAAGCAGAAAAAUUAAGGCUGGAGGAAGAAGAACGUAAAAAGAAAAAAGAAGUAGAACAAUUGAAGAAAGAAGAAGAAGAACGCAAAAAGAAAGAGGAAGCAGAGAAAUUGAAGAAAGAAGAAGAAGAGCGUAAAAAGGAAGAGAAAGCAGAAAAAUUAAGGCUGGAGGAAGAAGACCGUAAAAAGAAAGAGAAAGCAGAAAAAUUAAGGCUGGAGGAAGAAGACCGUAAAAAGACAGAGAAAGCAGAAAAAUUAAGGCUGGAGGAAGAAGACCGUAAAAAGACAGAGAAAGCAGAAAAAUUAAGGCUGGAGGAAGAAGACCGUAAAAAGAAAGAGAAAGCAGAAAAAUUAAGGCUGGAGGAAGAAGACCGUAAAAAGAAAGAGAAAGCAGAAAAAUUAAGGCUGGAGGAAGAAGACCGUAAAAAGGAGGAAGCAGAAAAAUUAAAAUUAGAGGAAGAAGAGCAUAAGAAGAAGGAGGAAGCAGAAAAAUUGAAGCUAGAAGAAGAAGAGCGUAAAAAGAAAGAGGAAGCAGAGAAAUUGAAAAAAGAGGAAGAAGAACGUAAAAAGAAAGAGGAAGCAGAAAAAUUAAGGCUAGAGGAAGAAGAGCGUAAAAAGAAAGAGGAAGCACAAAAAUUAAAGUUAGAGGAAGAAGAGCGUAAAAAGAAAGAGGAAGCAGAAAAAGUAAAGCUGGAGGAAGAAGACCGUAAAAAGGAGGAAGCAGAAAAAUUAAAGUUAGAGGAAGAAGAGCGUAAAAAGAAAGAGGAAGCAGAGAAAUUUAAAAAAGAGGAAGAAGGGCGUAAAAAGAAAGAGGAAGCAGAGAAAUUGAAGAAAGAAGAAGAAGAUCGUAAAAUGAAAGAGGAAGCAGAAAAAUUAAGGCUGGACGAAGUAGAUCGUAAAAAGAAGGAGGAAGCAGAAAAAUUAAAGUUAGAGGAAGAAGAGCGUAAAAAGAAAGAUGAAGCAGAAAAAUUAAAGAAGAAAGAAGUAGAACAUAAAAAGAAAGAGGAAGCAGAAAAAUUAAGACUAGAGGAAGAAGAGCGUAAAAAGAAGGAGGAAGUAGAAAAAUUAAGGCUAGAGGAAGAAGAACGUAAAAAGAAAAAAGAAGCAGAACAAUUAAAGAAGGAACAAGUAGAACAUAAAAAGAAAGAGGAAGCAGAGAAAUUGAAAAAAAAGGAGGAAGAACUUAAAAAGAAAGAGGAAUCAGAGAAAUUGAAAAAAGAGGAAGAUGAACAUAAAAAGAAAGAGGAAGCAGAAAAAGUAAAGCUAGAGGAAGAAGAGUGUAAAAAGAAAGAGGAAGCAGAAAAAGUAAAGCUAGAGGAAGAAGAGUGUAAAAAGAAAAAAGAAGCAGAACAAUUAAAGAAGGAAGAAGUAGAACAUAAAAAGGAAGAGGAAGCAGAGAAAUUGGAGAAUGAGGAAGAAGAACUUAAAAAGAAAGAGGAAUCAGAGAAAUUGAAAAAAGAGGAAGAUGAACAUAAAAAGAAAGAGGAAGCAGAAAAAGUAAAGCUAGAGGAAGAAAAGUGUAAAAAGAAAGAGGAAGCAGAAAAAGUAAAGCUAGAGGAAGAAGAGUGUAAAAAGAAAAAAGAAGCAGAACAAUUAAAGAAGGAAGAAGUAGAACAUUAUAAGGAAGAGGAAGCAGAGAAAUUGGAGAAUGAGGAGGAAGAACUUAAAAAGAAAGAGGAAUCAGAGAAAUUGAAAAAAGAGGAAAAUGAAUAUAAAAAGAAAGAGGAAGCAGAAAAAGUUAAGCUAGAGGAAGAAGAAUGUAAAAAGAAAGAGGAAGCAGAACAAGUGAAGCUAGAGGAAGAAGAGUGUAAAAAGAAAGAGGAAGCUAAGAAAGUAAAGAAAGAGGAAGAAGAACGUAAAAAGAAAGAGGAAGCUGAGAAAGUAAAGAAUGAGGAAGAAGAACGUAAAAAUAAAGAGGAAACAGAACAAUUGAAGAAGGAAGAAGAAGAGCGUAGAAAGAAAGAGGAAUCUGAGAAAUUGAAAAAAGAGAAAGAUGAACGUAAAAAAAAAGAGGAAGCAGAACAAUUGAAGAAAGAAGAAGAAGAGCGUAAAAAGAAAGAGGAAGCAGAAAAAUUACAGAAAGAGGAGGAAGAACUUAAAAAGAAAGAGGAACCAGAGAAAUUGAAAAAAGAGGAAGAUGAACGUAAAAAGAAAGAGGAAGCAGAAAAAGUAAAGCUAGAGGAAGAAGAGUGUAAAAAGAAGGAGGAAGCAUAUAAAUAUAAUUUUGAUGCUACUGAGUCUUUAUGGUCAUCAAUUGAAAAACCAUUGGACAGUUUGCAACAUUUAAUUGCAGAUAUUUUUCAGACACCUACAACUCUAGAAACGAUUGCUGUUGCCGAAGCAAGCUUAGCUCAAUUAAAAAUUGAAGAGCAUUUGAGCAAUUUACAAUUGUCAAUAGCUGCCAUUAAACUAACUGCUGGGGAAAGAAUUGAAAACAUUUCUUCGUUAAAAGAAGGAAAUGACUCAAUUCCUUUGCAGAACUUAGCUUCGUCUUUAGAAAGUUUUUGCAAUUAUUUACCCCAGAUCGCUAGUCAAACUAAUAUUACACAAGAAAGUGAAAAGUUGGAAGACAUACCAUACGCUAAGCCUAACAUCGCAAUUGCUUUAGAAUUGAUGAUCAAGCCGCUUCAGGAAUUGCAAGAAAGUUUAGGUUUGGUUAUUGAAGACGCACCACAACAGAUGUUACUUCAUGAGCAAACUAAAAAAGACAAAGUUAGCAAAUCAGGAAAAGUGCAGGACAAAAAACGAAAAGAAAAGAAAGAAACAGAAAAUACAACAAAAGGGGAAGAACUAUUGAAAGAUGAAUCAUCGAAAAAGUAUAAAAAAGAAAGUGAGAAGAAAAGGCCUGAAGAACCUUUAAAAUCACCGAAAGAUGAAAAUAAAAAGAAGGAAGCAACGGAGAGAUUGGAAAAGAAUGAAGAAGAACAUAAACAGAAAGUAGAAAACGAGAGAUUACAAGCAAAAGAAAAACAGGAUGAUGAGUGUUAUAAGAAGGCGGUAGAACACAAAGAGAAAGAAGAAUUCGAUGCAAUUGAGAAUGAACAGGUAGCCGACAAGAAAGAACAGGAUGAUGGAUUGAAAAUUAAAUAUGCUGAUAAACUUAAGAAAGAGAAUGAUGAGAAAAUGACCAGAGUAGCUGAAAGAUUAGUAAAAAAGGAAGAAGAAUACAAAACAUAUGAUAGAAGGUUGAAAGAACAAUAUAAAAUAAAUAAAUCUAAGCAAGAGGUUAGCAAUGAAACUGAUAUAUCGCAUUUGAAGAGUAGUGCAAUGAGUAAAACAGCAGAAUAUAGAAGACGGGAAAAUGGACGAACGGAGUCUAAUCAUUUUGAACCUGAAAACGGAAUGUCAAAUAGAACAAAAUAUGCAAAGGAGUCGUCUAGUCAAUACUACACAGACAAUCUAAAAGUGGAAAGCUCAUCAAGUACACCUCGAAGUGUUUCGCGUGAUAAAAAUCUACACACUAGUCAGUUCAGUAAAUUAAGUUCUGAAUCAUUGUACAUUAGAGCAAAAACUAUUGAAAAAGAAAGUUUAACAAGGUUUGAUUAUAAAAAAACUACAAUAAGUGAUUUAUCACGUUACAAAUAUGAUAGUAUUCCAGACCUGAAUCGAUUGCAUCCAUCAUCAGAAAGUAAAUUUUUGUCUAGAUCGCGGGAAGAUUUAUUGCGUCGAGACUAUGAUCUAAGAUCAUCUUUUCUCACUUUACUAGACAGAGCAAGCAUUCCAGAUUUAAGUUCAACUGGUAGAACAGCGUACAGUUACAAUUUAGCCAAAAAAUAUGACACAUAUUCUGCAUCUUCACUUAAUUUAGACUCUGAUUCUAAACGACGUUCAUAUGCUAGAUCUUAUAACAGCAGUUCUAAAAACUUUGAACAUCCUACGUAUACACCAAAAUCAUUUCAUUCUACUGACUAUUCUUUGUCUGUAUCAGACAGUCUAGCUUUGAGUCGCUCGCGUAGAAGAUUUGAAUCAAGAAAAUCUGCUGUCGUAUAUGAUGGUACUUCAUCAACUAAAUCUUCAAUAAACAGAUCGCAAGACCGUGGAAAAUGUCCAACAUUCUGCACUAAGUUGACUAAUUGCACAGUAGCUGAAGGAUCUCGCAUACGACUUAUAUGCACUACAAUUGGACACCCAGAACCACAAGUUUACUGGACGAAAAAUGGAGAUCGAGUUCGCACUGGUGGUCGCGAAAGAAUAAAGUAUGAUAAUGGAAUGGCUACACUGGAAAUCAUUGCUACACAGCUCGAAGAUGCUGGUUAUUAUGCUUGUUUAGCGAAGAAUUCGUACGGUCAAUCAUCGACGGAGGCUACAGUUCGAGUGUACUCAGUUUAUGAAUCGGCGCCCUUGGGUCCCACAUUUACGUCUGCUUUAAAUGAUAAAUACAGAUUAUCCGAUCGAGAAUUGGUGCUCGAAACUCGCGUACGGGGUCAGCCGACUCCUUCUAUUUCGUGGCUAAAGGAUGAACGAUUGUUGCGGGGUGAUCGAUACAAACAAUCUUUACUUGGGGAUGGCGUUUGCCGCCUGGAAAUAUCUAAUCCAGAUAUUUCGGACAGUGGACAAUAUGUUUGUAAAGCGACCAGUGAGAAAAGUUCGGAACAAAUUCGACACACGGUUCAUUUCGAUGAUUUUGAAACAAAAAAGACACGCACAAGAAAAGAUUACAACUUCGACAGUCGUCUUUACGACUCUCCUAGAGAACGUGAAAAUUUUCCUAAAAUAUCGUCUACUCUUGCCGAUUAUAAAGUACCUGCAGGAGGAACCAUUGCAUUGCAGGUGGAAAUAAAAGAUGCCCAUGCUUCCAAUGUAACCUGGCUACGCGAUCGAGGUGCAAGAAAAGAACCAGUCACAGAUCCAAAAACUCGAACCUUCGCAGAGUCCGGAAUUUACACAUUGAUAGUGCCAGAAGCGACUGAAUCUGAGACUGGCACUUAUGUCUGUAGAGUAAGCAACGCUUACGGCUAUGUGGAUACAAGCGCAACUGUUGAGGUGGUACCGCUUAGUAAAUUCGAUGAUUUGGGAAAACCGGCUAUGUUUGUCUCUCGACCUGUUGAUAAAAUGAUCUACGUCAUGGAUGGAGAGCCAGUGUCUGUGUCCUUUAGGGUCAGCGGUACUCCAAAGCCACGAGUUGUAUGGAUGAAAGGCAUUAGAGACAUAACUGAUGGACCGCGGUCCCAUAAAGAGGCGAUAGAUGACUAUGUUAGGCUGACUUUAAACAGGGUGAACUCAGAGGAUGAAGGGACUUACUGCAUUCUUGUAAAAAAUAUUUAUGGCUGUGACAGGUCGUUCUUCACAUUAAAGGUAAGACAAAGGGCAAAGUCGUUAACUCCAACAGCAGAAAGGCUAAGUUUGUCGGAUCGUCUGUCUGAUAUACACAUCAAAGAGCAGCAAUCUUAUCUCAGGAAUGUUCCGGGACCAAUUAGCAGUGAGCCCAUCGUCGUGGAUGGCGGAAGAAAUUGGCUUUCACUGAGCUGGGGAAAAGCGGAUCAACGUGGACCAGCUCCGGUCAUCGCAUACCGCGUCGACGCUUGGCAGAUGGGCGGAGACGGAGGAGCACGAUGGGUGGAGCUUGGUAUUACGCCAAUCAACUCGUUCGACGCCUUCAACCUUCGACCUGGCGGCGAAUACAAAUUUCGCGUGACGCCGAGAAAUCGUUACGGAUGGGGCGAAUCUGUUACAAUGAACGGUUCGGCAACCGUGAGCGACGAUGUCGAAAUUCCCGAAUUCACGAAAAUUCUUCCUGGACAGCUAAAAGCGCUCGUCGGAUCGACGGUCAACUUGGAAUGCGAAGUUCGAAGCGAAUGCAAAUUCGACGUGAAGUGGCUUCGAGAAACGACGGAGAUCGACUCCUGUGUAGAUUCUAGAUGCGUCAUUAAAAACGAACGUUCAAAGUGUUCGCUCGUAUUAAAAAAUAUCAAGGAGGACGAUUCCGGCAGAUAUAUUUGCGAGGUUUCGAACAAAGCCGGCAAAGUAUCGUCUUACGGGCGCAUAUUAGUUGUGAACGAUCCGAAAAUUUUGAAUGCCGAUGCGCGAUUGAAAAUGAGGUUCCUCGACGGUCUCACGGAAGACGUACCCCCGCAAUUCACCAUGAGACUUCGGGACAGAAGAGUACAGACUUCGUAUCCCGUCAGAUUAACGUGCCAAGCUUUUGGCUGUCCCGAGCCAGAAGUCACUUGGUUCAAAGACGGCAAACCCGUGAUCGAGACGUCCACGCGCUCGAUCUACAUCGACGAGUUGCACUUCCACACUCUCGAAAUCGCUCGCUCGAGCCUGGAGGACUCGGGCUGUUACGAGGCCUGUGCUAAAAAUGAGAACGGCUCGGUAUCCUGCCGCUGCAUUCUCGUCGUCGACAAGGGAAUCCGGGCUUACAUAGCUCCCGAAUUCCUCUACGGUCUGGACGUCGCUUACGCCGUCAAAGUCGGCGGGGAUCUCCGAUUGACGGCACAGAUCGAGGCAUAUCCCAGUGUCGGCAUCGUUUGGCAUCGUGACGGAAUUCGCCUUCGUCCAAGAAGAAGAGCUGCGAUGACACUGAGUAACGAUGGUACGGUGGAGCUUAUCUUAGCCAAAGUUACGAGCAGAGACGCGGGUAUCUACACUUGCACGGCUACUAACGAAAUUGGCAAAGCGGAGACGACCGCCAGAGUAUCCGUAAUCGGUCCAGACGACGGUGUCACAGGUGUGGAUGAUAAUUUCUCGCCACAUGUUGUCGUUAACCCACCAGAUGUUGAUAUACCCUACUCGAGAGUGCCUCUAUUCGUGACGAAACCAUUAUCAACGGAGGCUCAGGAGGGCGACACCGUGAUAAUCCAGUGCGAGGUCGUAGGUGACCCGAAGCCCGAGGUCAUGUGGCUACGCGACUUUCUGAAGCCAGACUACUACCGCGACGCGGCUUACUUCCGGCGCAUUGGAGCCGGUCCCCAGUACAGCCUGGAAAUUCCCCAUGCGAAGCUCGACUACACGGGUACGUACUCGGUCCUCGCCAGGAACGAACACGGCGAGGCGAAGGCCGUGAUAUCACUGCAGAUUUAUGCUAAAGGACAAGGCAGGAGCGACAGCACCGACCACAGCAGCGUCAAGCAAGGAAACAUCGUGAGUGUUCCAACGAUAAAAUCCGAACUGAAAAACAUCCGCUGCUGCGACGGAGACGCCGUAACUCUGGAAUGCAAAGUGUACGCACCUUCGGAACCACCAAAUAUCAGAUGGGAAAAAUCUGGAAAGCCUCUGGCGUUGGACGGAGAUUUCUCGGCCGAGUUCGAUGGUGAAACCGCGAAACUUAUCAUCCGUCACGUUUAUCCCGAGGACGAAGGCGAAUACACAUGCGUUGCCACGAACGAAUUGGGCAAAGCUUUCACCUCCGCUUGCCUAGUUGUUGACGUUCCUGAAGGCAAGGAAAAUGUGCUUAGCCAACCGCUUCUCACGAGACCACAGGGACUUCUUUCGGCUAACUCUACUCCAAGAUCUACACCCAGGUCGACACCUGUCAGAAGUUUAUCUCCCAACAUUUCACGUGGACGAGAACUGAAAGCCAUGAAUCUUCCGCGACGCAUCGACUCGGCGGGCAGCAUUCGUCGCAAGCCCAAAAUCUGUCCGCCCAAGUUCUACACGAUACCGCACAACCGCGUAGCCGAGGAGGGCGAGACCGUGCGUUUCCAGUGUGCUGUGGCCGGAUACCCGGUGCCCUGGUGUGCUUGGGACAAAGAUGGCAUUUCCGUCACCUCGAGCGCCCGCAUCAGCAUCAAGGAGAAGGACGACGUAAGGAUCCUCGAAAUCGCCGAGGUGACGCUCGAAGACGCCGGCCUUUACAGGGUGACGCUCGAGAACGACGUCGGGAGGACCGAGGCGACCGCUCGAUUGGAAAUCAUAAAUCGAAAUACACUUACUCCACGACCAAUUAGAACAAGGAGUGCAUCGCCCCGAACAUAUCCUACUUUUAGCAGGAGCCUUUUGAGUACAACCACAAGACUGAAUGGACGUUUGCAGCUACAAUGCGAUAUUCGUGGCUCUCCAAGUCCAAGUACAACUUGGUUCAGAAACGGAACAAGAAUCGAGCGCUCAGCUAGGAUAAAGAGAUCCUUUGUCGGUGAGAGAGCUGUCAUUGAAAUCGCGGGUGUUAAGGAAAGCGAUGCAGGCGAAUACAUCUGCGAAGCGAAAAAUCUGCUCGGAACAACGAGAAGCAGUUGUAAGGUGGUGGUGCUAGACGCCGAAGAUCCAUCGACAAAAGACCGCGAGCCUCCACGUUUUCUUCAAUCAAUGGCUGAGGAGUCGAUCGUUAUGGAAGGUCACUCGUAUGAACUCCAAGCAAGGCUGGCUGGUACACCACUGUUCACGGUACUCUGGCUGAAAGAUGGCCAUGAAGUUGUCGACAGCGACUAUUAUCGUCACGUUGUUUACGAGGAUGGCGGUGUCGCCCUCAGGUUCCUCAAUAUUCAUCCACUUGACGCCGGCGAGUAUACGUGCGUCGUGAGGAAUGAACACGGUGAGGCGACUUGUCGUGGACUGUUCAUUGUACAGGAUUACAAGAGUGCAUCAUCGAAUUCGAUGCUAAGUUUUGUAAAGACACCGGUACCCGUUUUCGCGGAAAAGGGAGAAACGGCAUGCUUCUGCGCGAGAAUCCAGAGCGAUCGUUCGGUCGACGUUGAUUGGGCGAUCAAUGGCAAGAGCGCGAGAGAAGACUACAGAUGCAAGAUCGAGAGGGAUGGCUCAACGAGUAUUCUGAGGAUACCAUCGGUAAAUCAGCGCGACUGCGGUGAGAUCCGUUGCAUAGCCUCGAUCACCCGUGGUCCCUCCAUCAGUGCCAGCGCCCAGUUACGGCUGAAACCUUCCAAACUUCUUAACUCCUUGGAGCCUCGAUCUCGAAGCCUACCAAGAUCUAAGGACGGCUCAGUGCGAAAACCAAAUGGUGUAUCGACGCCAAACCUGCGUACUGACAACUGCACUGUCGACGCGAAGAAGCGAGCUUCGAGCUUUACGAGACUCAGUCCCAAGACUCGCGAGUCCUCUGCGGAAAGCAUUUCAUCUAAAUCGCCGGCUGUCAGAAGGAAGAUCGUAAAUGGCCAGGCUAGCAGCAUGUCCAGUGAGAAGCUCAAAGAACCGGUGGUCAAAACUGGUCCGAAGUUGCCGAUCUCGAGAAAACAAGCGAAGGAGUCACCGGUCAAAAAAUCGGAUGUAGCUGUGAACAUGGAGCCAGUGGAAAUCACAAUUGAGCCUAUCGAGAAGGUGCAUCUGAAUAUCGAGCCAGUGGAGAGGGUGCACGUGCCGAUCGAUCCAGGCUUCGAGAUCGACCAAAGCAUCGUUGAAAUCCUCGCUUUGGAGAACAUCAUUACACCGGUCAGUUCGGAGCCAGAAGUUCCUGACAAGCAGUUAUCGAAGUCUACGUCGCCGGUUAGGGAAUCCAGUAAAGAGCGCGUCGUUUCUAUCAAGAGAAUCUCUAGCUUCAAGCGUCACCAUCACCACAACAACAAUAACAACAACGAAGAUGACCACAACGAUAAAGAAACGACGAAGACACACGUGGACAAAAAGCCUCCACCUUCGCCUCGUUCUCAGACUCAACCGGAAGAGGAGAUGAUCAUGACGACUAAACAACAUAAGGAGAUUUCGGAUAAUCAUCGCGAUGAGCCGGCCCUAGUGCUCAGGCCACCUGACGACGUGAUCACGCUACAAGGAUCAACUGUUUUACUCGAAGCCGAGUAUCAAGGCCACCCUGAACCGAGUGUCAAGUGGAUGCGGGCGGGUCGAGAGUUAGCAGCCGAUGAGAGGACGCACAUCGAUAGCGCGGAAGGGGUCUCGAGAUUAAGGCUCGACGGGAUCACUGCUGACCAAUCCGGCAAGUAUGCUGUGUCGGUGGAGAACGCCCUCGGUAGCGACUGUCGAUUUGCCAGUGUCGCCGUUGAAGGUCCGCCGGAACCCCCGUGCGAUCCGCCGACGGUGAAGCCACUGCGCCGCGAUACCGGCGCCAGUAGCAACGGGGCGAGUGUCACCUGGUGCUCGCCAGCCUACGACGGGGGCUGUGCCCUUACCGGCUACACAGUCGAGUGUCGGCGUAUCGGCGAGCUCUGCUGGCGCGUCGUUGCCGAGAACUGCCUUAGCCUCUGCCACGAAGCGCACAAUCUUCACGCCGGGGCUACUUAUCUGUUUCGCGUUCGAGCUCUGAACGUUCACGGACCUGGUGAACCGAGUCCUGAGUCCAGGCCCUUCAAGGUGCCCUUCGUUGACAUGGACGACGCCGAGGACAAGCUCAAGGUCGAGGAGGAUCAAGCCAAUAUGGAGGACGAGAACGGCGAGUACGACGACAAGGAAGUAACAGCCGAGGAGGGUCACCUCUUCAAAGAGCGUUACGCUCUGCACGAGGAAUUGGGCAAAGGCCGUUACGGCGUGGUCCGAAGAGUCGUUGAGAAGAAAUCGGAGAAGUCGUUUGCCGCCAAAAUUGUGCGAACCGUGAAAACGUCGGAUCGCAAGCAAGUGCAAGAGGAGAUGAAAAUCAUGAAUCUGCUCAGGCAUCCAAAACUUCUGCGGCUCAUGGCGGCCUUCGAGAGUCCUAAAGAAAUCGUUAUGGUCACAGAAUACAUAUCCGGCGGAGAACUCUUUGAAAGAGUCGUGGCAGACGAUUUCACGCUCACCGAAAAGGAUAGCAUUCUCUUUAUGAGGCAAAUUUGCGAAGGCGUACGAUAUAUGCACAAAAACAACGUCGUUCAUCUGGAUCUGAAGCCUGAAAACAUAAUGUGUCACACGAGAACAUCACACCGCAUAAAACUUAUCGACUUCGGUCUCGCACAAAUUCUCAGUCCAAGCCAACCUGUAAGAGUACUUUUUGGAACUCCGGAAUUCAUUCCCCCAGAAAUCAUAAAUUACGAACCCAUCGGCACGGAGUCUGACAUGUGGAGCGUUGGUGUAAUUUGUUACGUCUUAUUAACUGGAUUGUCACCGUUCAUGGGCGAUAAUGAUGCCGAAACUUUUGCGAACAUCGUUCGAGCGGAUUACGACUUCGAGGAUGAAGCUUUUGAUGCUAUUUCGCCAGAUGCUAAGGACUUCAUCAGCAACUUACUUCAAAAGAAAAAAGAAUUGAGAAUGUCCGCAAAACAAUGUCUUAGUCACUCAUGGCUGGCUCAGCACACAGAAAAUAUGAGCAGAGUCGCACUACCCACAGACAAACUGAAAAAGUUCAUUGUUAGAAGAAAGUGGCAGAAAACCGGCAACGCUCUGCGCGCGCUUGGUCGCAUGGCGAUGCUGUCAGCCAAUCGACGCAGCCCAUCGUUAUCGCCGACCUCUACGCGAUCGCUCAGCGAAGUAGCUAGGUCGGAAUCCCUCGACUCAGAAAACCUGGACGACAGCGUCCGAAGGGAGGAGGAUGAAUCUCUGGAGCAUUCCGCAUCCGAAGGCGAAAUUGCUAAGAAGUCGGAGCAGACUGGGGAGAUGGAUAGUUCAAAGGUUGAAGAGGAAUCGAGCAAGGAACUAAAUGUUGACGAUGUUGUGGAGACGGUAAAAGAUCUGAAUAUGUCUAGCAAAGAGCAGGCAAGUGAAGAUAUAGAGAAGGACGUUUGUGAAGUAAAACAGGAAGAUAGUGGUGAUAAGGAGAUCGAGGCUUCGAGCAAAUCUAAUGAACGAGAAGAUGAUGUGAACCUUUGCAAUGAGGAUAACGAUGUUACCGAAGAGACUGAAAAAGUGUUGAAUGUUCAAGCAUCAACUGAUGAUCAAAAAAAGAAAGAAGACAGCGAUAAAGAAGUGUCGGAGUCUAAGGAAACUGCGGAAGAAGAAUCUGACGAGAUAACUGUCAUAGAGAAGGAGGAGGACACAGCGGAAAAAGAAUCUCUAGAAGAUGAAGAAUCUGUAAAAGAGGGCAGCGAUACAUCCAUUAAAGACAAUAAGGCUGAUGAAGUAUUUAAAACCGUAGAUAACGAUAGUUUUAAGAAAGAAAAAGGCACUACCCAAAACUUUUUUUCCAAGCUCAAGAAGUCGUGCGAUGUUAUGGCUAAUGAGUCGACCUCAAAGACUAUUGAGAACAGCGUGUUUUCACGGGGAAUCAGUAAAUCUCAUUUUGAGGAACCAAUGAAUAAUGGAAGUGCAAAAGAGGUCAAGAGAUUGAAUAAUAAGGAAACUGGUGUAGCUGCAGGUUUUAAAGCAAACAAAGACAUUGCUUUCGAUCGCGAAUUUACCAGACGUAGUUUUCGCAAGUUUAAUACUCAGCUUGAAGCCAAUACGGAUGAGGACACAAGGCUAGACGGAUCACCAAGUCGAGGUCGGUUCGCACCGACAGGCAACGUCAGUCGAACGGCCAAAUUGUUCGAGAAGCUGGAGACAGAACAAACCGUCCAUCAUCACCACGGCAACAAUAACGGCCUGGCGAUGACGACCAAGGACGCGACCGUUUCCGGGAAGCCUCAGCGCAGCGAGCGUAUUCAGCGAGCUUUCGCCUUCUGGAACAAGUAGUCCCGUUGAAUCUCAUUUUUAUCACGCGACAGGCGCGCUUUCGAUUUUUUCAUUUGCAAUAUCUACUCGCGAAAGUUUCGGCCGUCGAUGAGAAAAAUUCUAUGUACACUGCGAUGAAGCGAAAAAAUUGGUAACGAAGGAUGUUAUUGUUGUCAAAAGAGAGUCGCGCCUAUAGACUAGGCUGUUCACAUAAUGCACGAGAUUUUUAUUGAAUGACAAUUAAUGAUUAGCGUUUUAAGAGAAGAAACGUUUUUUUCUUUAGUUAUAUUUUAUUUCCUCUUUUUUUUUAAAUAUAUAGUUCGUCGACACGGCAAGUACUUUUAUUUUAAAAACUCGUCGUUUUUAAACGUGCGAGAGCGUCGCUGUGGCCUUUUUAACAGGGACGACGCACUAUAAUACGUUUUAAUCCGCGAUCGCGUGUACCUUCGACAGUAAAGAUUGUUCACUCGAAUAUUACGUAAUGUGUACCAUAGACUUUAUUUUAUUCAAAUAAAGAAGUUAUCUGAAUAAA